AUGAUGGCUACAACUCAAUUUGAAGUACUUAAUUGGAAAAUGUCCCAUUUGGCGCUAAGACCAUCUGAAGAACAUUAUGACCCAAAAGAGGAGGAGAUAAUAAUUAAGGAUAGACUUAAUAAAUGUUUGAGGCAUUAUGAUGUAAUUUUAAGGUACUGUAAAGAAGUACAGGAAACUACAGGCUUAUCAUUAUUUGCGCAGUAUAGCACUGGGGCGAUCACAAUUUGUAUAUCAUUAAGCUCAUUUUUAAUUCCUAUGACACACGAGGAUUUUGUGAUUCUGGUAUGUUACAUUGCAGGUAUGACGGUAGAGAUAUUUUAUCCAGCUUACUUGGGAGCUGAACUUACAGAAAAGAGUGAAAAUUUAAUAUUUUCUGUGUACUGUGGCGACUGGAUCUCCAGACCAGAAAGCUACAAGAGGAGUCUUCGUUUGAUGCUGGAACGCGCCAACAAACCUGUCGUCAUUACCUGCCUCAAAAUGUUCGAAUUAUCCUUGAUCACAUUCACAUCGGUAAUGAAAUCAGCCUAUUCAUUUUUCACCCUUCUGAAGUGUCUUUUGGAAAGACAGCAGUAA